UGAUCUUUGUUCUCUUUUUUGUUUUGAUAUACUAUCCUCAAGUACCACGCGAACCGCAUUAUCUGAUAGAUUUUGUGUAAAAUCUAAAAACUCUUAGUUAUUUUUAAAUAAUUAAAAAAAAGAAAAAUUGAAAAAUGGCACAUAGACAAGGCAAUAAACCACGACUCUCCAAGGGCAUAUUGGAAAUGAAAUUUAUGCAGCGUACCAAAGCAAAAGUUGACAAAGAAAUUGAAGCUGCCGAAGGACGUGAAAUGUAUUCCAAUGAAAUUACCGAACGAAUGUUAAAUAGUAAAUCAAACUUUAUAAUUGAACCAAGUUUUGUACAUUGCGAGAAUCUGAUUGAGGGCCGCCUAAGCUUUCGUGGUAUGAAUCCUGAAAUUGAACGACUUUUAGAAUUGGAAAGAGAGGAAAAGGCAGGUGCUGAACGCAAAGAUCAACCUGCUGAAGUAUCAACGGAGGAUAUGGCUAAAUUCUAUCAUGUCAACAAGACCAUGCCGACGGCAGGGCCAGGGAGAACAAUGGAAAAUAAAUUUAAUAAGUACAAAAAGGUUAAUGGCAACAAAAGGCACAUAAAUGAUGGCAGAGAGUCCAAGAACAAUUCACAUCAUGGAUCGGCGAAGAGGAUGAAAGGGGACAACAACAACAACAAAGGGAAAUUUAUGAAACCCAAAGAUGCAGAUGAUAAUUAGUAUUUAGUUUUUAAAAGUCACAUUGUUCGUUAAGCGCUUUAGUUUUCAUUUAGACUUAAAAAUGUUUAACUUGUAACCAUUACAUAUUUUAGUUUAUCCUUCCUUUUCGACCCUUGGAAACGACUAUGGGACAAUAAUAUGUUAAAAUAUCAUAUUUUAUUAUCGUAAAA